AUGUCUGCUUCACGGCAACUCAGAAUCUUGAUCACGGGCUGCACACCGGGCGGAACGGGUGCGGCCCUAGCAAUUGCCUUCCACAACGCGGGGCAUCACGUCUACGCCACAGCGCGUGAUCCGUCCAAGAUGAUGCCGCUCGAGAAGCUGGGAAUCGAAACUGUUGCUCUCGAUAUUACAUCAACGUCGUCCAUCGCCUCAGCUGUCUCUUCUGUUGCCUCCUCCUUGCCCGACGGAAAAGGCUUGGACAUGCUUGUCAAUAACGCUGCCGGAAGCUACACGAUGCCCAUUGCAGACGCGUCUUUAGAUGCAGCAAAAGAGAUGUUCAACGUCAAUGUAUGGUCCCAAGUGGCUGUCACCCAAGCGUUUCUGCCUCUCCUGCUCAAGGGAACGGCAGUCCCGUCUGAGGAUGGCCAUCCAGCUCAGGUGAUGAUUGUGAACCAUACAUCGGUGGGAUCAGUCACUGCGAUACCGUUCCAAGGCAUCUACAACUCUUCAAAGGCUGCCUUUGCUUCACUCUCCGACACCAUGCGUCUCGAGCUGGCACCUUUCGGGAUUCACGUCGUGGAGCUCAAGACAGCUGGUGUGAAAACAAACCUGAUCUCGAACAACAAGUUCAACACCACUGGCGAACGGCUGCCGGAAGGUUCGAUUUAUGAGCCAGCCCGGGAAAUUGUGGAGAGGGCUAUGAGCCAAGAUGAACUCCGAGUUAGAGGAAUCUCGCCGGAUCAGUGGGCAUCGGAGGUUUCUUCAGCGUUAUUGGCAAAGAACCCACCGAGAGUCAUCUGGAGAGGUGAGAGUGCACUCUUGUCUCGGGUGGCAUCAAUGCUGCCGCCGGGACUCUUUGAAGGGAUGCUCAAGAAGAUGACCAAAUUGGAUAUGGUAGAGAACAUCAUCAAGGAAGGCAGGCGAUGA